AAGUAGUAGAAAUAAUAGAACCAAAUGUACCAAUCCACACACAAAAAAAAAAAUGGAAGCUCCAAAUUUCACAAAAUUGUUCUAUUUCUUGACAUUUUUUGUUACCAUUUUAUUUAUAAUUACAUGUGUUAAUACCCAAUCCCAAUGCAAUGAUACAAUAGCUAAGUGUAAUGAUGAAGAUAUGGAGUUUUUAAUGGAAUCUGAAAUUAGCAAAAGAUUUCUUGCAGAAAGAAAAAAAUAUAUAUCUCCUGGUGCUCUGAAAAGAGAUCAACCGGUUUGUAACGGCGGCGGAAGCGGCCAACCGUAUUCGCGGAGCUGCCUUCCGCCGCCGUCAAAUCCGUAUAAUAGAGGUUGUUCUAAGUAUUAUCGAUGUAGAGGUGAUCAAUAGUGAAUGAGCAUAUGAAUUUUAUGUUUUUCAUUUGUGUCUAAUUAUUAUGAUGUUAUAUUGUUGUGUUUUUUUGAAUGAAUUUUGCUUUUUUUUUUGGUGUUAUUUGGAUCAGUUCUCGAUUUGUACGUGUUAUUUUUGUGUAUGGAGUAUAUUAAUUUUUUUUGUAUCGUUUCAAUUUUAUUAUAUGUUCCUGAA